AUAAUGGCCCAUCUAUCCUCUCUCUCAAUCUCUCUCUCCAUCUCUUCUCCGGAGGGUUCCAGUGAGACGCAGCUUCGGUCACGCCGGGGAAUCUUCAAUCGCGGCUACUUCCUUCUAUUUCUUGGUUUCGUUAUCAGCUACGCCGUCCCAUUUCUUGGCUUCGACCAUAUUCGCGUUCUCUGGGUUCAGAUCAAUUCCAAUUCUUGCACCAGUGUUUAGCUUUUCGCUCCUGGUAUGAACAUUUUCAAGCAGCUGGGACAGCCCACCAAGCGUGGAUUCAACUGGGUGUUGAAGUCUGGUCGAGCAGCAUGUCUUUCCUUCCUUCACACAUCGGUGGAAGUUCAUUCUCAAGAGCAGGAAGUAAUCAUUGCUUUGGGAAGCAAUGUGGGCAAUAGGCUCCAUAAUUUCGAUGAAGCCUUGGAACUAAUGAAGAGAUCCGGAUUGCACAUCACAAGACAUGGUUGUCUUUAUGAGACAGAGCCUGCCUAUGUGACUGAUCAACCUCUCUUUCUUAACUCAGCUGUUAGAGGCCUUACAAAGCUAGGGCCUCAUGAACUACUGGGAGUGCUUAAGAAUAUUGAGAGGGAGAUGGGUCGAACUGAUGGGAUCAGGUAUGGUCCAAGACCAAUUGAUCUGGAUAUAUUGUUCUAUGGGAAGUUUAGGAUUAAUUCUGAAAUUCUUACUGUCCCCCAUGAAAGGAUUUGGGAAAGACCUUUUGUAAUGGCCCCAUUGGUGGACUUACUUGGAUCAGAUAUAGAUAGUGAUACUGUUGCCUGCUGGCAUUCAUUUUCAAAACAUUCCAAUGGACUGUUUGGAUCAUGGGAGGAACUUGGUGGAGAAACUCUCAUUGGAAAAGAAGGAAUGAGAAGAGUUUUACCAAUUGGAAAUGGCUUAUGGGACUGGUCCCAGAAAACCUCUGUCAUGGGUGUCCUUAACUUGACACCAGAUAGUUUUAGUGAUGGAGGAAAGUUUCAGUCUGUGGAUGCUGCUCUUUCUCAAAUCCAUUUGAUGAUCUCGGAAGGGGCAGAUAUAAUUGAUAUUGGUGCGCAAUCCACACGCCCAAUGGCGUCUAGGAUUUCUCCACAGGAAGAAUUAGAUAGAUUAAUCCCUGUCUUAGAAGCUGCUCUAGAGAUGCCUGAGAUACAGGGAAAGCUUUUAUCUGUGGAUACUUUUUAUUCAGAGGUUGCUUCAGAAGCAGUCAAGAAAGGGGCUCAUCUUGUUAAUGAUGUAUCUGGGGGACGGCUAGACUCUAACAUGCAUAGUGUUGUUGCUGGCCUUCGGGUUCCUUACAUUGCAAUGCACAUGAGGGGUGACCCAUAUACCAUGCAGAAUAGUGAAAACCUGCAGUAUAAUAAUGUUUGUAAGCAGAUUGCCUCCGAGUUAUAUUUAUGGGUUAGAGACGCAGAGUUAGCUGGUAUCCAAGCAUGGAGGAUUAUAAUUGACCCAGGAAUUGGAUUCUCAAAGAACACCGAACAUAAUUUAGAGAUCCUCACAGGAAUACCAACUAUUCAAACUGAGAUUGCAAGGAAGAGUUUGGCGCUGUCUCAUGCUCCUAUAUUGAUUGGACCUUCCAGGAAGAGAUUUUUGGGAGAAAUUUGCAGUCGUUCUGCUGCUAUUGAGAGAGAUCCUGCAACUUUGGCUGCUGUCACAACUGGUGUUUUGGGUGGUGCAAACAUUGUAAGAGUACAUAAUGUUAGGGAUAAUCUAGAUGCUGUGAAGCUGUGUGAUGCAACACUGAAACACAAGAAAACUCUUAUGUGAUUUCUGGGAUUGCCAACAAGGUCCUGAAGCUCUCUUUCUUCCACAUAAUUCCCUCCUUGAUUCUCCCUUCCUCCACACGUGGCAAAUGGAUUGGUCUCUCAGGCCUGAAGGCUACUGUAACUGAGUUGCAAGGACUGAGGUGAUUACAACAGAUACAAGUGUUGUAAAAUGGUGAUUUGUUGAUUCAGUGAGCAUGAUGCAUAAACUUAUGAAAGCUGUGUCCGGUUGCUUAAGCUUGUGCUUGUAUGAGUUUAAUUUUUUUAUUUAGAAAUUAAAUUUUUUUACCACCUUGUCGCAGCCCAGAACUGGGUAUCUAAUAAUAUUCAGGCAUUAUACA